AUGGUGCCGAAAGCGCCUUCUCGCGAGGCCUUGACAAUGCUCAAGAACACGAUUCGACCCGCCGCAGCUAUCAGGUCGCAAGCACAGCGUUGCCUCGUCUCCUCGACCCCCCGUCCUACAACACUUUCGCACGCGCGAGCUGGCAGCUUGCGCCAAGGGACGCGCAAUGCCGCGACUUUUACGCAUUCACAUCAUGCCGAGGCGGUUUCUGUCAUGCCUACCAACGUCGACACGAACAAUGCCGACUUCAAGGAGAACAAGCGGCAGAUGGAUGAGGCAACAGAGAAACUGGUCCAUCUCCACACCAAGAUUGCCCAAGGCGGCCCAGACAAGGCGAGGGAAAAGCAUAUACAGCGGGGCAAGAUGCUGGUGAGAGACAGGAUCUCUGCCUUGAUCGACCCCGGCACGCCUUUCCUCGAACUGAGCCAAAUGGCAGGCUACGACAUGUAUGGCCAAGACGAGGUACCUGCAGGCGGCAUCGUCACGGGCAUUGGCAGUGUCAAUGGCGUCCAGUGCAUGGUGGUGGCAAACGAUGCCACGGUCAAGGGGGGCACGUACUACCCCAUCACGGUCAAGAAGCACUUGCGAGCGCAGACGAUUGCCCAAGAGAACCGCCUGCCAUGCAUCUACCUGGUGGACUCUGGGGGCGCCAAUCUACCCAACCAAGCCGACGUGUUCCCAGACGUCAAUCACUUUGGCCGCAUCUUCUACAACCAAGCACGCAUGUCGAGUAUGGGCAUCCCGCAAAUCAGCGUCGUCAUGGGGCCUUGUACGGCGGGCGGGGCCUAUGUGCCCAGCAUGAGUGACGAGAACAUCAUUGUGGAAAACCAGGGGCACAUCUUCCUGGCCGGACCACCUCUGGUCAAGGCGGCCACGGGCGAGGUCGUGUCGGCAGAGGACCUCGGUGGAGGCCGGCUUCACAGCGAAGUGUCGGGCGUCACAGACUACCUAGCUGUCGACGAUGCACACGCGCUUGUUCUCGCACGCAGAAGCAUUGGCAACCUCAACUGGCACCGCAACCAGACCGUCACCGCACAGCCGGACUACCAGGAGCCACUGUACGAUGCUCAGGAGCUGUCUGGUAUUGUAGGCACCAACCUCCGGCGACAGAUACCCAUACACGAGGUGAUUGCACGCAUCGUCGACGGAUCGGCCUUUGACGAGUUCAAGCCCUUGUACGGGUCGACGCUGGUGACUGGAUUUGCAAAGAUAUACGGACACGCCGUGGGCAUUGUUGCCAACAACGGCAUUCUCUUCAGCGAAAGCUCGCUCAAAGGAGCCCACUUUGUGCAGCUGUGCGGCAAGCGGCACAUUCCGCUCAUUUUCCUGCAGAACAUCUCGGGCUUCAUGGUUGGACAGGAUGCCGAAAAGGGCGGCAUUGCCAAGAACGGGGCCAAGCUGGUGACGGCGGUGAGCUGCGUCGACGUGCCCAAGUUCACGGUGGUGGUGGGAUCCAGUGCUGGUGCUGGCAACUAUGGCAUGUGCGGGCGAGCAUACUCGCCGCGUCUCAUGUUUACGUGGCCCAACGCGAAGACAUCGGUCAUGGGGGCAGAGCAGCUGUCGUCUGUCAUGGAGGCGGUUGGCAAGAAGGUGGACCCGGCACUCAAGGCGCGCAUCGAAGACGAGAGCGAGGCAGCGUUUGGGUCGGCAAGGCUGUGGGACGAUGGCAUCAUACCACCGGAGCACACGCGGCGAGUGCUCGGCAUGGGCCUGCAGAUGGCAUGUGGCGGGCAGAACCAGCGGGUCGACAGGGAGAGCACAUGGGCCUCUAUCAAUGAUGUCGCCGCCAAGGUCGCCAAACAACUGGUCGCGCAAUAUGCGACAGUCGACGACAAGGGAGUCCAUGUGCUCGGAGGCUACCCGGGUGUCUUAUACCCGCCAUACUACUGGUGGCAGGCCGGUGCCAUGUUUGGUACACUGCUAGACUACUGGCACUACACAGGCGACGACCAGUAUAACGACAUGAUCCGCGAGGGUCUGAUACACCAGUUUGGAGAGCACCUUGACCUGAUGCCCUCCAAUCAGUCCAAGAACGAAGGAAACGAUGAUCAGGUUUUCUGGGCCUACUCCAUGAUGGCUGCUGCCGAAUACAAACUCCAAGACCCUCCUGACGACAAGCCCGGCUGGCUCGCAAUGACACAGUCAGUCUUCAACCAGUUCGUAUCCCGCUACCAGAAGGAGGUGGCUGAUGGGAACUGUGGCGGCGGUAUGCGCUGGCAAAUCUACCCAUGGCUUAACGGAUGGACGUACAAGAACACUGCCUCAAACGGAGGUCUCUUCCACCUCGGCGCACGACUGGCUGUGUACACCAAGAACGAUACAUAUGCGACAUGGGCAGAGAAAGUCUUCGACUGGAUGUCACAUAGCCCAAUCCUGCCAGGCGAUGGACAGGUUUACGACGGAACGAGCAUGACGACAAAUCCACCGUGCAGCAACGCCGAUCAAACCCCCUGGACAUACAACUACGGAAUUAUGAUAGCAGGUGCAGCAUACAUGUACAACUACACCAACGGCGCCGAGAAAUGGAAGACACACUUGACGCAAUUUCUCAGUAAAACUGAUAUUUUCUACCCCGAUGAGAAGGGCGGAGUCAUGGUGGAGGUCUGCGAGGCCAACCAAGUCUGUAACACCGACCAAGAAAGCUUCAAAGCAUACCUUGCACGCUGGCUCGGCAUCACCAUGCAGCUGGUUCCGGAAUUUGCACCGCAAAUCCUGCCGCGCCUCCAGAAAUCAGCCGUUGCAGCAGCACAGACCUGUGUGGGUCCCUCUGAACAUGGCGGUGGCCCCUAUCAAUGUGGCAUGAGAUGGUGGCGUCAAGGCUUUGACGGUAUCGGUGGUGUUGGACCGCAAAUGACUGCACUCAACGUCAUUAGUGUGCUCAAUGCCCCACGUGUCCAGGCCCCAUAUUCCAAUGCUACGGGCGGUACCAGUAAAGGUGAUCCUGGCCUAGGUUCCGGCGGCGACAACAACAAUGACAGUGUUCCCAAAUUCAAGUCGGAGAUUACAAACGCAGACAGGGCGGGCGCAGCGAUCCUUACCAUCCUUGUAGCCGGCAUGCUACUUGGCGGGUCUUUCUGGAUGAUUUACUAGGACAAGCGGAAGCGGCAUGGAACAAGAUGAGGUUUGGAGGAAGAUGUUUUAUUUUUGACUGCUUAUUGUGUAUACCCAUUUGGAAAGAGUGAGGUACGAUGAUGGGAUGAAAGGGAUGCCAGUUAUCAUCGUGGCGUUGAUUGUCUUCUCUUACAUGGCGAUAGUCAUAUAUUAAUAUCAAGCGAUAUUGCUGGCUUGCACAC